AUGACUUUUCUACGACCUAGAGCAUUAUUGUUCUUACUUGUUAUUAGUAUAUGUUUUUUCUUAUUUUGGCCUAAAACUUUUCAACCAAGAAAAUUUUAUUGUCCAUCAGACGGCACAAUACCCAAAAAUUCAAAUGGUCCCGGGCCUCUACUCGAUGCGACAAGAUCCUCUAUAAUAAUUGACAACGAUGGAAAUCCAAGAGAGUAUCUUAAUGCGAAGGGUUACGUCACUUUUCUUGAUUUGUUAACUAAACAACAUCAAGUUGUUAUAGACCAAUUGAUAAAAAAUGCCAAUAUUGCUGUGGCAAAUAAUAGUGUUUAUUCGGUAACUUUAAAGGCUCAAUUACCACCUUCAGGAGAUAUUCAUGAUUAUAUGUCAUUGGCUAGGUAUUUUUGGCCGGAUCCAACAAAAUCUGAUGGACUACCAUAUAUUCGUAAAGAUGGCUAUUCAAAUCCUGAAUUUUUCACUGUGGAAGAUUAUACUUACUUGAGAAAAAUGUUUAGAGAAGUUCAAGAUUUGGGAUUUGCUUAUCAUUUUACCAGAAAUGAAUCAUAUGUUGAAAAAGCUAUAUUCCGUAUAAAAGAAUGGUUUUUAAAUGAGGAAACAAAAAUGAAUCCAAAUCUUAAUUUUGCAGGUUUCAGGAAAGGUCAAGCUACAGGUUGGAAGACUGGAGUUUUAGAUUUUCAUCAAGUAUUCAGGUAA